GGCCGGCAUGGAGCUCCGGGAGGCGCGGCAGGGUCAGGAGCUCGGUGGCACGGCGGCGGUGGCUGCCCCGAUUUCCUCCAGCUGCCACUCCUUGCUUCGUGUCCCCGGUCCCUAGACGCCUCGUCCCCUCCCGUGUCCCUCUUCCCAUGGAGUCAGUACGGACCGAACAGAUGCUGAGCUUGCCCGCCGAGGUCAGCAGCGACAACUUGGAGCUGGCGGAGCGAGGGGCAUCAGCGGCCCAAGUAGACAUGGGCCCCCACCCAAAGGCGGCUGCAGAGGGCCCCGCACCUCUACCGACGCGGGAGCCAGAGCAAGAGCAGUCUCCGGGGACCUCAACGCCGGAGAGCAAAGUCCUGCUCACGCAGGCAGACGCCUUGGCGUCCCGGGGGCGAAUCCGGGAAGCCCUCGAGGUGUAUAGACAGCUCUCCGAGCGGCAGCAGCUGGUGGCUGAGCAGCUGGAGCAGCUGGUGCGCUGCCUGGCGGAGAAAGUCCCGCAAGGCGAGGCGCUGGCGCCGGCGCCCCCGGACGAGGGUAGCACUGCAAGCGGCACCGUGGCGGCGGAAGAGACGGGGGCCGCCGCGGCUGCGGCGGCCACCGAGGUGUGGGACGGCUUUAAGUGCCGGAAAUGUCAUGGGUUUCUAUCAGACCCCGUGUCCUUGUCGUGUGGCCACACCUUUUGUAAACUGUGCCUGGAACGUGGGCGGGCCGCCGACCGGCGCUGUGCGCUGUGCGGGGUCAAGCUCUCCGCGUUGAUGGUGGCCACUGGGCGGGCGCGUGGAGCCCGGCGGGCUGGGCAGCAGCCGCCGCCGCCACUGCGAGUCAACGUGGUGCUCAGCGGCCUCCUUGGCAAGUUGUUCCCAGGCCCGGCGCGGGCGUCGCAACUCCGGCACGAGGGCAACCGGCUGUACCGCGAGCGCCAGGUGGAGGCGGCACUGCUCAAGUACAACGAGGCAGUUAAGUUGGCUCCGAAUGACCACUUGCUUUAUAGCAAUCGGUCUCAGAUUUAUUUCACCUUGGAGUCUCAUGAGAACGCACUACAUGAUGCAGAAAUAGCAUGUAAGCUCCGCCCGAUGGGUUUUAAGGCACAUUUCAGAAAAGCCCAAGCCUUAGCCACCCUAGGCAAGGUGGAGGAGGCACUAAGGGAGUUUCUCUACUGUGUAUCCCUUGAUGGAAAGAACAAGAGAGCAAGAUGUGAAGCCCAAAGACUUCUCCUUAGUUUCUUUUCACCAUCAGUCCCGGGGGAUUCUCAGGAACAUUCUCCCGAUAUCCUGAAGCUGUUGGCACCUCACUCUAGAUUAAAGGAAAACGUAGAGUCAAUGACUACUGAAGUUACCAGCCAUAAUCUGCCAAGGUUGUUACAGGACAAUCUGGAGCUCCCACAUUGUUCUAGUCAGGAGGAAGCAGCAGUCAGGGGACCCAGCAGUCUGAUGGACCCAGCUAAAGUGAAGGGGGAUGGUCAGCAGCACCACAUGAAAGACCAGGAAGAAGAGGAGGAGAAGCGGGAUGCUACCUCUCCAAAAGCUGCUUCCAGCAAGACUGGAAAAUGCCAGGAAAAGAAAAGGAAACAUUGCCAGAUUGAAUCCCAAGAAGAAACAGGGAUGCCUAAUAAAGCCUCCAAGCAAGAUCCUCCCACUGAUCAGGGGGACAAACCUGCUCUCAGUUUACCACUUGCAUCUUUCGACGCAUCUGACCUUGAAUGCGCUCUAUGUAUGAGAUUAUUCUAUGAGCCAGUCACAACACCUUGCGGGCAUACUUUUUGCCUAAAAUGCCUAGAAAGAUGCCUAGAUCACAACGCAAAGUGUCCAUUGUGCAAAGACGGUCUUUCACAGUGCUUGGCAUCAAGAAAAUACAGCAAAAAUGUAAUAAUGGAGGAGCUCAUAGCUAAAUUCCUUCCAGAAGAACUGAAGGAGCGAAGGAAGCUUUAUGAAGAGGAAAUGGAAGAACUUUCUAACCUUAAUAAGAAUGUGCCUAUUUUCGUGUGUACUAUGGCCUAUCCCACCGUUCCUUGUCCCCUGCACAUCUUUGAGCCUUGUUACCGCCUGAUGAUUCGUAGAUGUAUUGAGACAGGCACGAGACAGUUUGGCAUGUGCCUUGGAGAUCCUGUCAAAGGGUUUGCAGAAUAUGGCUGCAUCCUAGAGAUCAGAAAUGUUCAAUUCUUUGCCGAUGGCCGCUCAGUGGUUGACAGCAUAGGCAAGAGGCGCUUCAGGGUGCUCCAUCAGAGCCAGCGGGAUGGCUACAACACAGCCGACAUUGAAUACAUUGAAGACCAAAAGGUUCAGGGAGAGGAUUGUGCUGAGCUCAUGGGAUUACAUAACUGUGUCUAUCAGCAAGCGUCAUUGUGGUUCCAUUCACUCAAAUCAUCCCUAAAGAAUCGGAUACUCAAUCACUUUGGUCCCAUGCCGGAGAAAGACGCUGAUCCUCAGAUGAACCCAAAUGGCCCAGCCUGGUGCUGGUGGAUGUUAGCGGUUCUUCCCUUGGAAAGCCGAGCUCAGCUCCCCUUCCUAGCAAUGAGGUCCUUAAAGGACAGACUGAAUGGUAUUCGACGAGUCCUGGCCUUCAUAUCCCGAAACCAAAACUAGUGAGUGGAUUGCCGAAGAGGAGCUCUCACCUUCCCCACUGCUGUCGGGGGGAGUCUUCUUGUAAAUAUAUCUAAUUGCAAUAAUAUCUUAACAGAAGGGGGUGUCAAGCAGAGGCAUCAGCCUGCUGUUGAUCACAGAGAGAAAUUGAGUAGAAAGACCAAAAGAAUGUGACCUAUUUGAAACUUUCUGUCUUAAGAUGCUUCUUGACAUGCUGCAUAACUACAUAAACAGCAGAGUGUUUAAGAACCCAGAAAAACAUAAUUUGAUUUUAACAUUAAAAUUUCCAAAAGUUUAAAGUGGUUUUGCUUUAAUAUUCUUUCUUUCAUAGAUCAAUGACUGUGUGGUUGAAAUGUGAAAACAAAGAUACUAAUAAUGUUGCUGUAUAAUUUCACUGACUUGAGGUCUCAUUCCAAAUGGUUCAGGUUUUAUAGAGCAUUGUGUAAAAUAAUGUUCAUACUUCUUUCUGUUUUAAUAAUUUAUUUUUUGCACUACUGUAUCCUUUUUUCUACAUGUAUGUUUUGUAACUAUUUAAGCGUACAUUGCUGAAAAGUCCGUUGCUUUAUUUAUUGAUGUGGUUUACCAUGUACCUAGGGGGAAAUAACAAUACUAGAAGUGUGCAGUUUUUGCUUUAAUCUUUUUUUUACUACAAUGACACUACUUCUUAGAUCAUUUCUGUCCAAAUGGAUGCUUAAAAGAAGUUCAGAAUGAUGCUAAGAUCAUGUCUUCAGAGUCCACUUUUUUUUUCAGUUUGAACUAAACAAUAUAAAAUACUUAAGGGAUUUGGCCUAGAUUAUGGUAUAUGCCAAGGUAAAGUAAAAUAAAUAAUUCAUUUUCUGUGUGUAAUACAGAACAAAGCUGAAAGAAUUAUUUUUAUUAUAGGCAUUUAUUUCAGCAAUCUAAUUGUACAUGUAUCUAAUUUUUCCCCAGUGCAGUUAGGAAUCAGAUUUUAGGCAGGAUUGUAAUUAACUCUUCAGAGGAAAUGGUGUUCAGUUUAGCACAUCACAGUUAUGCCCAGCUAGCCUCCAUAACCCACCUCUCCCCAGGGUUCUGAGGAUCAAGACCUGGGCAGAAACACUUGAUAAGGACUUUUUCUUAUUAAAAAUGUAAAUAAGCCAAAUAGAGUAGAACCCUAUAAAAAUCUUUUUAAAGGAACCAGACGGCCGGGCACGGUGGCUCACGCCUGUAAUCCCAGCACUUUGGGAGGCCGAGGCAGGCGGAUCACUUGAGGUCAGGAGUUCCAAGACCAGCCUAACUAACAUGAUGAAACCCUGUCUCUACUAAAAGUGGAUACAAAAUUAGCCAGGCGUGGUGGUGUAUGCCUGUAAUCCCAGCUACUUGGGAGGCUGAGGCAGGAGAAUCACAUGAACCUGAGAGAUGGAGGUUGCAGUGAGCCGAGAUUGCACCAUUGCACUCCAGCCUGGGCGACGAGCAAACCUGCGUCUCAAAAAAAAAAAAAAAAAAAGGAACCAGAUAAUCUAUUAUUUUACCUAAGUACUGCCUUUGCUUCUAGUUACAUGAGUGAAAUAUUUCAAUGUAUGGGGAGAAUACAGGGUGAGGAGUAAGAGUAAGCCCUGAUUUAGCUUGCUUAGUGCUAGUUUGAGUCCUUCAGUGGCAGGACAGCCUGUAAAGUACCAGGAGUACGGGAGUGGUAUAAUGGCAGAGUGAAACAAUUAUAGCAGGGAGGAAGUGAAUUGUGCCAUUAGUACCUUCAUGCAAAUUAUACCAUGUCAUUUUGGACAGUGAAUGAUUUUUGCAUCAUUCACUCAUAGCCCAUCGCUCUGUUAAGGUGAGAGGGUAAUUCUUACUUUUCCCAUCACCACCUGUAGCUAGAAACAGGAAAGGGAGAAUGAAAUGAUCCAGACAACAUAAAAAAGAUGCAUGUAAGCAGAAACCAGAUGGUCUUUUCUGCACUCACUUGAUGGACAUUAUGUUGCCAGAGCGUUGUGUUUAUCAGAUUUGAUGUUUGGAGCUAGUCUGGGCAGGUGAAGAACAGAAAUAGGCGGAAGUAUAGGCAUUAUUUCUGCACAAGCAAACUCCACAAAGCUCAGGGAGCAGAAAAAGACUCCCCCUCCCACCUGGUUCCCAGACCAUGUGGUCAUAACACAAUCCUAAUAGUUUCUUGUUAUCUAGUGUAAAUGCAACCAAGAAAAGGGCCCUAAGCUUCUCUACUUAUUAGAUAUAUUACUUUUGGCAAUUGAUUUAACUUUUGCCAAGCCCCAGUUUUCUAAUCUAUGAAAUGAUAGUGAUAAGUUCUGCAUAUAGGGUUGUUAAGAAAAUUAAAUGAGAUAACGUGUAAAUCAAUUAGCACAGUGUCUCACACCUAGAAUGCAUUCAAGAAAUAAUAGCUACUAUUAGAUUAGUCAUAGUUAUAGAAUAUCAUCAAGGGCCUACAUUUGUAUAAAACACUGCCUUUACACACAAUAUCCACUUGAAACUCCUUUAAACUUAGUUGGGGGAAUACAUACCACUGAUUUUUGGACCCAUAAUUUGAUGAUUUACUGAUAAUUCUUUUGGGAAUUAAAUCUUUGUGAAAGUGAAAUGACUGGAGAACAAAUGAGGAUCAGAGAUAGGGAUCAAUCCUAUACCAGAAAUUUUUUUCCUGCUUCAAUAAGGGCUAGAAGGUAGUGCCCUAUGUAGGUCUAGGAUUCCUUCCUUCCUUCCUUCCUUCCUUCCUUCCUUCCUUCCUUCCUUCCUUUCCUUCCUUCCUCUUUCUUUCUCUUUCUUUCUUCUUUCUUUCUUUCUUUCUUUCUUUCUUUCUUUCUUUCUUUCUUCUUUCUUUCUUUCUUUCUUUUUCUUUCUUUCUUUGUGUCUUUCUUUCUUUUCCUUCCUUCCUUCCCUUUUUUUUUUUGUGUGUGUGGUGUGCGAGUCUGAGUCUCACUCUGUCACCCAGGCUGGAGUGCAGUGGCACGAUCUCAGCUCACUGCAACCUCCGCCUCCCAGGUUCAAGUGAUUCCCCUGCCUCAGCCCCCAAGUGGCUGGGAUUACAGGCACGCACUACCACGCCUGGCUAAUUUUUGUAGUUUUAGUAGAGAUGGGGUUUCACCAUGUUGGUCGGGGUAGUCUCGAACUCCUGACCUCAGGUGAUCCACCUGCCUGGGCCUCCCAAAGUGCUGGGAUUAUGGGCGUGGGUAUGAGCCACCGCACCCAGCCUAGGAUUUCUGAUAGAAUGGAAGCCUUAAGUUCUAGCUCCAUUAGAAUAACCAACUUAUCACUCCCUGUUCUCCAAAAUGUAUUGAGAACCUUACCCAUCCCAGAUGAUGAGAGUUUACAAUCUGUGACUUCUGUGCUUAGUUGAUAGUAUUUCUUUAUGUUGCCCAAAGGUAACAGAUUCAACAAAAAUGUACUGAGAUCCCCAUGUACCAGGUACUGAGCCAAGUGAUCUCACAUAUCUGAGCUCAUUAAAUCAUUUAUUUCUCAUACCAACCCUGCGAGAGCAGUUAUUAUCCCCAUAUUAUGAAUGAGAAAACUGAGCCUCCACUAUGUUAAAUACUUUGUCUAGUUGCGAGGCAGGAUGCAAGGCUUUCUUUGGGAUGUACCUUAACGAGGUAAUCAAUUGGUCUUGACAAUUUUUACACUAGGAAAUUGGUUUUGCUGCACAGCUUGUGAAUGAACGGUAUACAGAAGAAAGACAUAAAGCUAAAUCUAGGCUAGAAAAAUAAGACUUCCCCCAUGGUAGAUAGUGCCACUUAUUUAGUUAGUUUUUCUGUCUAUCGUGACUGACCCAGUCUUUGCCUAGUAGGUUAUAUUUUGUAUGUAUGUAUGUAUGUAUGUAUGUAUGUAUGUAUGUCUGUCUUUGUGUGUGUGUGUGUGUGUGUGUAUAUAUAUAUAUAUAUAUAUAUACUAGGUAGCAAGCAGACAUCAUAUCUUUCUGCUUUGUACUGUACUACUGCUGCUAGCAAAUAACCAGCAAAUGUAGAAAAUGAAAAACCAAUUUUCUGUAGACAACUUGGAGAAAAGAGUGCCUGCCCCUGACUUAGCAGGGCAGAGAAUGACAAUUUUUAAAGUUUGCCUUUUCUGAAGGCCAGCUGCUUCUAGCCCAGUGCUGCCUCGGCAGCAAGGGGCAAGCUGAGUCAUUGCGCAUGUGGCGCUUCCAGCUCUACCUGUGGAGCUGGCCUGGGCUCAGAUAAUCCCCUGUGACUCGCCAUUGGAGCGGUGGAGCUCCUGAGGCUGGUUCACAGCACCCAGAGGUCUCUUACAGUCAACAGACUGCGUACUGUUGACAGACUGCAAUCUGCCUGUGUUCCCCACACCAACUCCAUUUCCAAGAUGGGAAUUUUAUUCAGGAACUCAUUUCUUGAGUUCCCAACAUGUUGACUUCACAUCCAUUUCUGCUCACCAAGGCAGAACCAUAGCAGUGGUGUGUGACAAAGAUGCAAAUAGAGGGCAGCCCAAACAAUGGAAAAGAGAAGAUUUUCAGCCCAUUCUUGGGGCUGAGAAGUGAAUUUUUGAUUUAUGGUAGAAGACAGUUCUAAAAAGCAGCUGGCAGCAUGGGCUUCAAUUUGUGCCCCUUCUGAGUUCAAAGAGAAGGAAGGAAAAGGAGCCACAUAAAAUGUACACAUUCAAUUCAUCUUAGAAUGAUAGCUCCCACCUUAUUACACUGUACAACUAUUUAAUAAUCUGGGUUACACACAUCCAGAGGUGAAAUGAAGAAAUUUUCACUUACAAAUGUGUAUUUCCAAACAUGCUAAGUUAACCUCCAGAGAGAAGUGCCUGUAAUCUGUGUUCCUGGUGUCACUUUAAAGCUUUUGCUUCAUGACUGUAGCUGUUAUUUAAAAUGUUUUUGCAGCAAAUGUGAUUUAACAGAAGUUUACAAAGCAACACUGUAGCUAAUGCAUAAUUUUAAAAGUUGAUUAACAUUUAUCUAUUGUUAAAGCAACACUAAUAAUGGAAUAAAAGGAAAGCAAAUAGGUCAAUGUGGCACCAUAGGCUUAUUUUAGAUAAAUUAAUUCCAUCAUCUUAUGCAGUUGUAAGUAAUGUCAGGAUUAAAAUAUCAAGCAAGCCACGUAAACAGUGGCAAAUGUGUGUGUGUUUUCAUUUGUUUGGUAAGCAGCCAUUUUACUCUUGCACUGUAACGAACUGAAGGGAAAUAUAAGAUAAUGCUUUUUUCCCCCCACAUUGCUAUUCAACUACCUCUAUAUGCUUGAUUUCUUUUUAGGAUUCCCAUCCUCCAAAUCUGUACAAAAACGUUUCAGCUCAUCUGUGUUGUAAUAACAAUGUGAUACAGACAGUUUGUGUGAAAGUUGUUUGUUCAUUAAAAAAUGUUUCCUAUUGCCUCA